AUGGCACCCUCAGUAGAGGCGCAAGAUCCAGCAGCUAUCCUCGAAGACUUCAUUCACCGCACCGCCAAUCUGCCCGAAGAGAUUCGUUUCCUCCAGGACGAGAUCGCCGAUAAAGAUCGCACAUUUCAGGAAUGUGUUAAGACGAUUGAGGAGUGUGAUGCUAAGAUACAGCGCUACAUUCGUACACAUGGUAGCCACGCCCCCAACUCGCGCGAGCAAUCCCUACGCGACACUAUCCGCGAGAACUAUACACGAGCCGACAAGUUAGCCGACGAGAAAAUUGCCCUGGCGCAGAAGGCACAGAGUCUCUUUGACAAGCACCUCCGACAUCUCGAUCUCCAGAUCAAACAACUAAGCGACCGAGGCGAGCCCGGCUUCACUGACCCCGACGAGAUUCCUUCCGUAGUCCGACCUAGCGCCGCGAACAACAGCAACACCAGCCUUCGUGUGCUAGGCGUCUCCUCCACGUCUCACAACACGCCGCUCAACCCCAUUUCUAGUAACACAACCCCAGCAGGCUCGAGACCCGCCAACCCCCAGAUCCGAACCACGCAGUCGCAAACACACAUCUCUAGCUCUGCACCCGCCUCCCCCACUGCGAGUAUCAUCUUGAAUAACCGCAACCAGCGCGAGUCCUCUGCUGGACCUGCUCCUAAGAGGGGACCACGGGUAAAUUCCAGCUUAGGUUCACUCCCAGUAGCAUCGAGCGGGCUAGCUCGACAUUCUUCUCUUGGACCCGGCACACCGAAGGCGGGGACACCGGGGGCGAGUGGGCGAGCAGGUAGUGCAGGUCCCCGAGGUACAUCGAAGGCGACGAGUGCAGGUGUGGGACGGAAGGGAACACCAUCCGGGGGCGUCGGUCGCAAGAAACCCCCGAACUCGAAAUCUACUCUUUCGCGCGUCAAACGCGCUGGUAUGUCGAAAGGCUCUCCCGCAUCUACCGCCGAUAGUGAGCUUUCAGACGCAGAGUCCGUGCGAUCAUCGCGCGCUGGGUCGCGCGCCGGCAGUGGUACCCCGGUGCCGCGGCCUCAUCACAAUAGUAAUCACAGUCACAGUCACAGUCACAGCCACCAUCACAAACGCGCACGACCCAGCCGAGACAUGGACGGAGACGAGGAAAUGGCGGAUCGGGGCGGAUCAGGAACAGGGUCCGACGACGAGGAGGACGAGGAAGGCAAGAAGUAUUGUCUGUGCCAGCACGUGUCGUAUGGCGACAUGGUGGCCUGCGAUAACCCCGCCUGCCCGUACGAGUGGUUCCACUGGUCCUGCGUCGGUCUCAAGUCAGAGCCAGAGGGCCGCUGGUACUGUCCCUCGUGCACGGAGAACAUGAAGAAGAAGGGAAAGUAA